CCAAUUCGUCAAAAUAUUAUUGAAAGCGUCCUGUUGUAGACAAAAUGUCCCGCAGCAAUGAUAAACAAGCAACGUUUGAGAACCAAAAACCCGAAUGUAGUCGAAGCCCCAGACCGCAGUAUCUUUUUCAAGACCCCAGACAGAGAUUGCGCCACUACAAGUCACAAGGGAGACCCUUUGAUCCAAAUAUUGACCUAGAUGGUUAUCGUUUCCACAACAGCCUGGAGCAGGACCCGCCAAACUUGAUGGGGCGCACGCUUGAUAUUUUGGGGGAGGUUGAGCGAGAAAGGCGGAUAGUAAUGGAGCGUGCUAGGACUGCGCCAUCGACUUCCUGUGAAUACAAGCAAAACAAGGAGCGGCCCAGUCUAAAAGUAAGCCGCAAUAUCGGCAUGACCAGAUGUCGUUUACCAAACACUAGGGUACAGAACGGCCAUGUGGGUGGCUAUGCCACGGAUUGGGAUAACGAAUCUCGCCCAAGUGUGGCGGGCAGAUCUACCAUGCGAGUUCUGGCACCAUUACAUAUCGACCCCAAUACACGUGCCCUGCCAUCUCCCGACGUUGCGAGACGUCUUGAGAGCAGCAAAUCUCCUUCGUCGCCGAUCGCUUUCCAUCGUCCAGCAAAUAACACUGGGAUCCAACAGAUUUUUGAAACCACCUCGGGCAUGCCUGAAGGAAGGACCUUUAAACAGCCUUUUGAUCAUUCGGAUAUCGACAUGGGGGAAGACACCAGUGUCAAUGACCUAACAUUCGAUGCUCCCAAUGCAGAUUCAACGCAUUACUCAAUUGUCAAUGAACUGGAAGCGCCAGACGCCAACAAUAAGGAAUUCCCACUUAAAUCAACGAAUAAUGUAGCAAUGGUAUCUCAGAUUGAAGCACCGCAGCUUCAUUUACAGGAACAAUCGAAGGGUCAAGGACCUGAGGACUUUCCAUAUUCGCCGAAUGUAAACGAUAAUAGGCAGCGAAUUGCCCAUUCGGCAGAUUUCAAUGGGUCAGGCAAACACGAUUCAUGGACAUAUGGUUACAGCGGCAAUGGGCGAGGGACCCAACCCUGUCCGAACUCCAGUUUGCCACAUGCCGUUGCAGGUACGAAUAUCUGUGCCAAUCAAGACCCACAUCUGGAUGGCACAUCGAACGGGGAAUCAAAAUGCGCGAGAAAGGGGGCAGCCCCGCCAACUCCAUAUGAGAUGAUGAACAGUAUUACGAAUAACACGAUGUCCUUGCGCUACCACCCCGAGGGUAUAAAUUCGAGUGUACAUGGACGUAUAACCCAUAGAACUUUGACUUCGAAUCCAUUUGCCGAAUGUUCAAAGCAAAAACGUUGUGGUCGUGUGCAAUUUAGUGGCUCCCAUCAUGCGGAAGUUCGCAAUCCUCGGAAAGCACGUCUUCUUAAAAACCAAAUCGAAAACUUAGUGGAAGACUCAUACUGCCCCGGCUUAAUACAAGCAACACUUGAUGGCAUAGAAAACUUUAACGAACACUCCAUGAAUAUGACACUGCGCAAUGCCGAAACAUUACCUGACUUCAACGAAACAUCUAUGCGUUUACAGGAAGAAGAUCCAAUGACUCUACUUGAAGCCUUUGCCAUAAGGAUUGAUAAAGAACGCUCCAUAACUUUGGCCAGCGAUGAACCGAGUGCAUGUAUCGAAAAGCAUUUUGCUACCCAAGUUCAGUCAGAGUUGAAUCAGUCAGUCAAAUGCCUGCUUGUUUCGGAAACACUUUUCAAUCAAAAUUAUUUGGAUAAAAGCCAUAGCUCCUCGUUGAGAACAAAUAUCGAAAAAUAUGAAUACAGUUUACACGCAUUUUGCCCGGAAAUUCAGUGUAUCUCUUAUGUCGGACAUACCGAAGGCAUAAACGAAAGCAGCAAUUAAUUGCAGACAUAUGUACAUAUAUUUCCCAUGUAGUAAAAUGUGUGCAUGUUUUUCACACAAAACAAUAAAUUCUUAAUAACUCUAUUUUGGCUCUAUUGAAAAA